GAUACCGGUAUGAAACUCACUACAAUCAUACGGCACCCCCUCAAUCCGAGAUCGUCGACGUCCACGUCAUCCACAUCGAAGCAGCAGCCAUGUCGGGCGGGCACUUGUCCAAGGAGUUCUUCGAGCUGGUCAAGUCGAUCGGCGAGAGCAAGUCAAAGCAGGAGGAGGACCGCAUCAUCAUCCAUGAGGUGGCACAGCUCAAGCGCAAGCUGAGCGAGGUGACGGCCACCUCCAGCACGUCCAGCAGCCUGGUGAACAAGCGCAAGCGCGAGUUCCUCAUUCGCCUCAUGUACGUGGAGAUGCUGGGCCACGACGCGUCUUUCGGCUACAUCAAGGCCGUGGAGAUGACUGCCAGCACCAACCUCAUGCAGAAGCGAGUGGGCUACCUCACAUGCAGCCUCUGUCUGUCACCCACACACGAAUUCCGCUUCAUGAUCAUUAAUCAGCUGCAGCGAGACUUGCAGAGCUCCAAUCACCUCGAAGUAUGCGCUGCUUUAAUGGCGGUCUGUAAGCUUGUAACCGUGGAGAUGGUGCCAGCCGUGCAGCCCAUGAUCCUCGAUCUGCUGCGUCACGACGCCGAGCUCGUCCGCAAGAAGGCAGUGAUGGCUAUCCACCGCUUCCACCAGCUUAAUCCAGAUUCGGUCAGCGAAGCAGGAGAUGCACUGCGUCGUACCCUGUGUGAUCGCGACCCCAGUGUCAUGGGAGCCACGCUGUGCAUUCUGCACGACCUGGCGGAAGCCACCCCCACGGACUACAAGGACCUCGUGCCCAGUUUUGUUAGCAUCCUCAAGCAGAUCACGGAGCACCGUUUACCACGUGAGUUCGACUACCACCGCAUUCCAGCGCCGUGGAUCCAGAUCCGUUUACUGAAGAUCCUGGCAUUGCUGGGCCAGGCCGAUCAGCAGACCAGUGAGGGAAUGUAUGAAGUGCUACACGAUGUGAUGCGUCGCGCUGACACUGGCAUCAAUGUGGGCUACGCUAUCAUCUACGAGUGCGUGCAGACGGUGACGACGAUCUAUCCGAACAGCACGUUGCUCGAUGCCGCGGCUGCUAGCAUCUCGCGCUUCAUCUCGAGCGAUAACCACAACCUUAAGUACUUGGGUGUCACCGGACUUGCUGCUAUUGUGAAGGACCACCCGCGGUACGCUGCAGCGCACCAAAUGGCUGUCAUUGACUGCCUCGAAGAUCCGGAUGAGACGCUUAAGCGCAAGACGCUGGAUCUGUUGUACCGCAUGACGAACCCCGUGAACGUCGAGUUCAUUUCGGACAAACUCACGCAGUUCUUGCGUGAAGCUUCGGAUGUUUUCCUUCGCACAGAACUGGUGUCGCGUAUCACGCAAUGUGCUGAACGUUAUGCUCCCAGCAACGCCUGGUACAUCCAGACCAUGACGAAUGUGUUUGAGCUCGGUGGAGACCUGGUUCGCCCCGAAGUGGCGCAUAACUUACUGCGUCUGAUUGCUGAGGGAAGCGGUGAAGACGAAGACCAGGAUAUGGAGCUGCGUCGUGACGCGGUGGAUACGUAUCUGGAACUUCUUGAGCGCCCCGUACUACCGGACAUCUUGGUCUGUACCAUGGCCUGGGUCCUUGGCGAGUACGGCUACUUGUCGGACGCCAUGGAGCUGGAAGAAAUCUGCGAGCGGCUUGUGGAGCUUGUCGACCGCCCGUUCGACCAGGAAGACACGACACGUGGCUACGUGCUUUCAGCCGUGACGAAGAUCACGGCUCAGAUGGGACAUACUAUUGAUGUGGCCGAUGCUAUGAUGGAGAAGUAUAAGAACAGCCGCAGUACGGACCUGCAGCAGCGCUGCUUCGAAUAUCUUGCGCUUACCAAGAACUUCCCCCUUAUGAACGAGGUCUUCCCGGAGGACGCUAGCUGCGAGGACAUUGAGGUUGACCCCAACCUCUCGUUUCUCACGAGCUUUGUUGAGAAGGCUGCGGCUCAGGGAGCACCGCUUUACGACCCACCAGAGGACUCGGACGAUGAGGAUGAAGGCUAUGGACACCGUCGCAACGGCGGAGAUUCGAAUCGCCUGAACUUUGAAGCAUACAAGAAGCCUGAGAUCCCGUACCCGACGAAACUUCCUCCUGCGGACCAGCAAGGUGCUUUUGGAGUCAACAAAUGGGGUGGCAAUGGCGCUCAGGGUGGUAUGCCAGGAUUGGGUAGCUCUGGAGGCCCCGAUCCUACCGGGGGCUUUGGUGCUGGAAAGCGUGGAGUGGUCAAGAAUGUGUGGGGUCCUACGGGUCUUAACACGCCUGAUAAUGCGCCACCCGGACAACCUGGUGCUGGUGGCCCUGGAGGUUACCCGUCCGACCCAUACAGCCAGGGCAACCAGGGCAAUAUGGGCGGCCAGGGCGCCUACGGUGGACAAGGUGGCUAUGGUGCUCAGCCUCCUGCCUAUGGUGGUCAGGGAGCUUACGGCGCGCAGCCUCCGCAACAGCCACCUCAGCCGGACUACGGUGCUCCUAACAACUACGAUAAUGGUGAACCUUCGAGCGAGGACGAAGCCAACGGCAAUGUCGACGAGCGGCAGAUUCUGGCUUCCGCCAUCUUUGGUGGCAUCCCCGGCGCACCGGCACCGAUGCCUGGUGCUCGCCGCGUUGGCGCCAGCACCCGUGCAACCCUCAACUCAAGCCGUCGUACCGGUCGCUCGUCAUCGCGUCGUGCAUCGAACCGCAAUGAACAGCAGCAACAGCAGCAACCACCCCAAGCUCAGGCCCCGGUGGAGCAAGCACUGCCUCCGCAGCAACAGUCGAAGGUGGAGAUGGACUUGCUCGACAUUUCAUUUGACGCCCCAACUGCUCCGCAGAACGGAGGUAUGUUCCAGCAGCCUCCGCCACAACAACAACAGCCAAUGAUGAACGCAGACCCGUUUGGAAUGGGUUCUCCGCUGGCACCAGCGGCUGCUCCUGAAGCUAGUUCUCCUGCCCCCUCCGCGUCGUUGGACCCCUUCGAUAUGUCGGGUCUCGGCUCGAGCAUGAACGCUGCCGUUGAGCUUGGCAAGAGCCCUUCUAAUGGUUUAAACAUGCUGGGCGGCAGCAGCAGCAACACCAGUGUGUUCCAGUACAACGGACGUCAGCUAGAGCCUUGGCAGAUCACUACACAGGACUUUGGAGGUCGCUGGGGCACAUGCCCAUGCGAGAAGAAAACAAAGGUGAACCCGAGCGGUAUCCGCACGCUUGAGGACUUCAUGGGCCGCAUGCACAUUUUCAACGUGCACACCGUCGAGGCCAUUCCGACCACCAACGAAGCGAUUGCUGCUUGCCGUCUGGUGAACUCGGAGCAUGUAGGAUUGAUCCACGUGAAGAUCCGUAGCGGUGGCUUCGUCGAUCUGACUGUUCGCACCGCCGAUAUGGACUUCACCGACCAGCUCCUGGAGGCCACAGCUCAGCGACUCAAGUAAGAGAGCCGACAAAUAACUCGGCAGCAAAUGCAAAUGUUUCACGUGAUGGUACAGUAUCCCUGCUUCAGUGUUUGGGCUUGUCAUGGCUUAUUAUGUACUACUACAGACUUGUAGUAUGAAAGGGGCCACUUCAACUUGCUGUGGGUAUUAUAAUAACUAUCCUGCGACGGGAUAGAAUUCACGUAGCGGAGCAGCCAGAGAGAAAUACAUGUCAGUCAGCAACGCCGGACAAAAGAGAAUCCAGGUGCGUGCAUUAUGGUGCCGUGCGUAGCAUGUCAAGUAGUGGCCUAAUCAGCAAGAGAAUGACAAAAUAGCAAACGGUGGUACGUUCACUGUACGUCGUUCACUACUACAUUUAAGUAGCCAGUUCAAAAGUGGGACC